CAGGUAAACUGAAGCUGUUGUGUGCCACAUGAGUGCACACCUGGAUGACAUUCUGUAAAUCAUUAUCUAAGGCAGUGAUUGAUAUGUAUGUGACGCAUAGUUUAAAUCAGUUAUAUUUUAAUGUAUGGACUGUUUUUCCAUCAGUCUGCGUUGUUGCUUUCAGGAGAUGAUACCCUGUGGGGUUCGCGUCACCAUGGAAGCGCUCAGUUUGCGACCUGUAUUCGCCAUUUUGCUGCCUCGGUGUGUGUUUGUGAGUGUGUGGGGGCUCCUCUUGAUGCGAAUACCUCUGUAGCUUCCAAACAUUGGACACUCCAGUCACCAGCUAACAGCCAGUGGAAAUGUCUACACUUAGAGAACCGUAGCCGCAGCAGCAUGAUAUAUAAAUGUGGACGACAUAACACGAGAUAGCCUCUUCCCCCGUCACCGGAGAGGACCAGGAGAUAUGCAAGCUUGACACGCAGGAGUGGUUUCCAUCACCAGCCCCUCAGGAUGAAAGCAUCAAGUAAAGAGGAGGAAUAUUACUGUCCUUGUAAGAUUGUGUUUGAUUUUUAAAUUUAUCAACAUCCAGAAGAUCAUCAAUAAUGAUACCAGGGUUGAUCUCCCACGAGUUACACGAGAAGCUUCUUGAUCUGAAGAAUUACCAAAAUCGCACAAGUGGGGUGGAAGAACUCAAACACAUCCUUUUAAAAGUGAACAUUAGAUCAGUCCCAUCUGAUAGUAUUGAGGACUUCAUCAAUUUUCUUACUCGUCUUCUGGAUGAUAGUAAUUUUAAAGUGAUGUACAGCACCUUACAGAUUUUAAACUUGCUGAUUCAGAAGCUAGAUAAAAGUGUAAACAAAUAUUUCAAACAGCUGGUCUUACUAGCUCUCAAGGCCCUGGGGGACACUCGCACCAUCACCAGAAAUGAAUAUAUGAACGCAUUUCGACAGUUGAUGAAAACUGUUGCACCGCAACAAGUAUUAGAUAUUGUAAUGAGUAACUUGAAACACAAAAAUUCAAGGGUUCGGGAAGAUGUCCUUAACAUUAUUAUGGCAGCGAUGCUCACUCAUCCUAGGAAAGAUUUCAACAUCCCCAAGCUUUGUUUUGAGGUUGCACCAUAUUUGGCAGACAGCAAAUGGAAGGUCCGCCACGCUGCCCUUGAGUUGUUUGCUGUUUUUGACCAUUGCCUCGAAACAGGGAAAAAGCAGCCCUUGAUGAAAGCUGUGGACAUGGUUGAGCUCAAUGAGGAUGCAGAUGGUCUUAUGGCAGCUAUACAGGCAAGAAGAGCAAGGCACAUACUUCCGAAACUCUCCUCAGAGGGGAUUGUGGAGUAUGGCUUAGUGGUGCCCAAACAAGGACAGCAGUAUGGUUCUGGAGCUGAUCUGGACUGGGUGAUGAAGGGAGGGCGGGUAAGCAGCGCCAGGAGCCAUAGAACUGAACAGGACGGUGACCGAUUACAUGACUAUGGCAGCUUGGGCUCCCUCACUGAUGACCUUCCACUUCAGAGGAGGAUUGCCAGUGCAGGAAAAGGGAAGAACAAGCUACCCUGGGAGAUUUCGAGUUCAGCCACUGAGAAUGAACAGCAAUUCGAUACACCUAAUGGAAAGUGCUCCAAACAGGUGGCCAGUGAGGAUGUCCUUCCCCUAUCCAGAAGUCCAGAGACCUACAUACCCAGUUUUAGUUCUGCAGAGCCACAGAAGCCACAGUCCUCUAGGAGGAGGGAGUCUUCUUCACACCUCAGGAGAAGUGGAAGCCUCAACUUAGAUCCUGACAUCUUUAAAACUACCAACGUCUCUCACCCAAAUGUUGAAGCACACAAUGGACACAUGCUUUCAAGAAACCCCAGUGUUGAGCGUACAUUUUCCCUCCCCUCUAACUCCACCACAUCUGGCUCCUUCCUAUUGCCCUCCUACCCACUGGCUGCACUCCCAGGAGGCAAACUUACUCCAACACUGCCCCGACGCCAUGCAGACUCCUCACUCUCUAUGUCCAACACCUGGCCCAACAAGAGGGAGAACAACCCUCACCAGCGAGACACCAGCCCCUGGAGAGAGACAGCAGCAAAGGAGGACCAUCUCUGUAGCAGAUCCUCUCCCAGGCCUCUUCGUGCCUCCCUUGUGAAUUCUUCUUCUGCUUUGUCGUUCCGACGGGCUCUGAGUGGCACCAGGGCAGCCCUCUCUGUCUCACCAGUCCUCCCUCCAACAGAGCAGGCCCAGUCUUGUAAUGGCCAGAAGUCUAAUGCUCCAAGCAGCCCUCAGAACCCCCAGCUAGAACCUGGUAGCUUCAGUACGUUGCAAGACCCUGAGGGGGAUGAUCCUCUGGACAUGCAGGAGAUGCUGAACUCUCUGCGCUCAUUGCGCAACAGUGCUGCCAAGAAGAGGGCCAAAGUGAGUCUUAGCAGUCCAGAUCCAGACAGCCCUGACUCAGCUGUGAGAGUAGACCUGGGUUUGGACUCCUCUCCGAUGCUUACCAGCUCAGCCAGUGAGAGUGGGCUUUCCAGUCUGAGGUCAGUUGCCAGCUCCGGCUUUAAUGGCAUCAGCACCAGUCCUGGAAACUCUGCCUCUUCAGGAAUGAAACCUCGCAUUGCAAGAGUGCCUUCUGCAAAACUGAGGUCUUCUGUGUCCAUGGACUUCAGCAGCGUUCAAGGAUUGUCUCUGAGAAAUGAACUGUCUUCUGAGGUGAGUGUUGUUGGGCAGAGAGUGACUUACCCCAAUGGAGCAAUCAAAACUGAGGAAGAGAUGACAGGACCAACCCCUCCCUUGGUUAAAGCAUCAGUCAGAGCUCUGAAGCCUGCCAAAGGAUCCCAGAGCCACAGCAGUAGAAACUCACCAGGCACCGACAUGCCUGAAGGAGUCAUUGGAAGAGGCAUGUUUGGCACUGCAGAGUCCUCUAGCCGUCCAGAGGCUGUCUUGUCACUUGAGCAGGGUGAGUUGGUGGCUAGACCCCCCACUGAUCCCACAGCAGGCAUCUAUAACCAUGCUCUGUCUGGCAGUCACUUAGACACUGAUGACAUCCCAAGUUCAGAUGAGCUUAAGGAGAGGGUGAGGAAUGCAAGGUUUGGUCGGGAUAAGAUACGGCUGCAGUGCCUGGAUCAGCAAAAGGGGCAGUCAGUUAAAGGGGACCACGCACGAGACAAGAUUCACCAGCGAGUCAGACAGAUGCUUUCUGAUUCACCCACAGAAGAGAAUAAAGUAUUAAUCAUCAAAGAUCUGCAGCUAAAUGACAGCACUCUGACUUCCACCAAAGCAGACCUUCCCUCUGAUGAAUCCCUUAUCAGUCCUGUCAGUCCACCAGGACCCCAAAGCCCCAUGAAGUGCUUCACUCCGCCCCACCAGCCAAGCCCCCCCACUGUGCCCCCCAACCCCAAAAACGUGUCCCGGCUUAGGAGGGCUCCUAGCCUCAACAGAACCCGACCCUCACUGUCCCAUAGCUCAGAUGAGCUGUCCUCUGGUACAAUGGGGCACAAGAAAAACCUCCCAGAGCCUUCGGAGCUGUGUCCGUUUUCCAAGCCUGACCAGGUGCUGACACAGAGUUUCAACCUGCUGAGCUCUGAGGACUGGAAGAAGAAGAUUGAGGGUCUGAAGUUGUUGCGAGGUUUGGCUGUUUAUCACUCAGACACACUUCAGGGCAGGCUACAUGAUGUCUGCCUGUGUCUCAUUCAAGAGGUCAAGAAUCUGCGAUCAGGUGUGUCCAGAGUUGCAGUGUGUACAUUGGGUGACCUGUACACCCACAUGCAGAAGGCAAUGGACCAAGAGCUGGAAGGAACAGUUAAAACUUUACUGCAGAAGGCAGGGGAGAGUAAUGCCUUCAUUAGGCAGGAUGUGUAUGCAGCACUGGAUUGCAUGGUGCAGCACUGUACACCCAUUCGUAGCAUCAAUGCUUUACUCACUGGAGGACUCAGUCACCUCAAUGCAGUAGUGAGAAAAUGCACCGCCCAGCAUAUGGCCAGUCUGGUAGAGAGGGUUGGUGCUGCUCGACUUCUGUCUGGAGGUAAAGAUCUCACCGACAGAAUUUUACCUGCCGUCACCAAACUCUGUCAAGACUCUUCACAGGAAGCCAGGUACUUUGGGCGCCGAAUGCUGCUGUCCCUGUCAUCACACCCCGACUUUGACAAGAUCCUGGAGAGAUAUGUUCCCACCAAAGACUUACCAACUGUGAGGGACACUGUCUUAACUCUGAAGAUAAAGGGUCUUGGUGAGAUGCCUCAAGACAACCAGUCCGCCAGAGGCAGGCACUCCCUGCCAGGCAGUGGUACUGUCAGGGCCUCAUCUCUCACCAGGGAGCCUCUCAACCUGACCAACAGGGAGUCCAACAGCAACUACAGCUGUAGAUCUCAGACACAGAGUAUUGCAGACAAGACUGAAUACAUCAAGCAGAUCUCAGGUCUGUUGGGUUCAAAAGACUUCAGAGAGAGAAUCAAGGGAAUUGACCAGCUAGUGACUGACUGCCAGCACAACCCCAGUGUGGUCAUCAAUAGCAUAUUCCCGGUGUUUGAUGCCUUUAAAGCCAGGCUGCUGGAGUCAAACAGUAAGGUCAACCUGUACGCUCUAGAGUCUCUACAGAAAAUCAUCCACUUGUUAAAGGAAAGUCUGUCCCAAGUGGUCAACAUCCUGGUCCCAGCGAUUGUGGACAAUCACCUCAACUCCAAGAACAACGCCAUCUACUCUGCUGCUAUGGGAGCUGUUAAUGCACUAAUCUUAAAUCUAGAUAACAUGCUUCUUCUGCAGCCUUUUUGCACCAAGGCUCAGUUUUUAAGUGGCAAAGCAAAGGUGGAUCUUAUUGAAAAGGUUGCAGAUCUUGUGACAGACCUCUACCCUCGCAAGCCCCAGAUGGUGGAGCAGAAAGUGCUGCCCUUGCUAUGGCACCUCCUGGGCACCUCUACCCACAGUGGCACCAUUCACGGCCAGGGCAGCAGCAUGAGGACUGCUACUGCCAACCUGUGUCAAGCCCUUUACUCCCAGAUGGGGUCCAGCCUGAGUGAGAGUGCUGCCUCCCAGCCUGCCAAUGUCCACAAAGGUUUAAAUGAGGUCCUCAGGGCCUUAUAAUAAAGGUAAAGCAGAAUCUAAACAAUCAAACAUUGGAUGAGAAGAACAUUUACACUGGCCCUACUUGAAGACAGAGAUGUUCUACAUUUCUUAUAGUGCCUGCACUUUUAUAUCAAUAAAGAGAAAGCCCUUAAAAUUAGGAGCGCUUUUUCUUAUCUCAGUGAGAUUUCCUCUAGUACAGAAGCAUGGACAAUUGUAACAUACUGACAUCAGGUCUCAUACAUACUCAGCCUGCGGUCUUUGCACUUUGAAAACGUAGCUCACUAUCUUGAUAAACAUCACAAAUUUUACAAUCUAUACAUGUACUGUAGAAGAAUCUGAGACACUAUUGCAGAAUGUAAAACUGAAAUGCACAAACUGAAGCGAAACAAGACAGGGACCUGACGUGUAUUUUUGCCCUUUCAUCAGAUGUGAUGUGAUAUUUUUAAAAUGUCUAAUGUAGUUAUUUUGAAGAUUUGUGAAUUGAGAUUUAAAAAAUACUACAAAAUCAUUUUGUACAGCUCAGAUGUGUAUUUGCACAGUAUUAGCUUGAUCUGUAAUUGUAUGCUGUAUGAUGGUACAGUUUAUAAUUUAUGUAUUGUGUAAUGGUUUCAAAGUCCCACUAAUCAUGUGCUGAGUUGGUGCCUGUCUUUUUCGAUUUUGCAUGACCAAAAUUUACUGGCAGGAUCAAACUAGUUUAUAUUUUUAAGGAGAUAUAUAUGUACACAUAUCUGUAUAUGUGUACAUAUAUAUCAUGUAAUGUACUGCCUAGAUCAAGUUUGGGUUCAAAGCAUUUUUUCUGGACGGAGGCAGCAUGAAAGGAAAAAGAUUUUCUCUUUCCUCCAGUGGUUGUCUGAGAAACAGUGGUGGCUGAGAUCUGAUUCUGUCUCAGUAUAGUGCCAGUCUUUAAGUAGCCUUUUAACUCAUCUCUUGUUAAACUGUUGAACCUGUUUGUUUGUGAACAAGAGCAGAGACAGAUUUCUCUCUCUCUCUCUCUCUCUAUAUAUAUAUAUAGAUGUAUACACACACACACA